AGCAAAAAUCCGCCGCCGUAUUCUCCAAUCGAAACCCUAAACCAACGCCGAUGAAGCCCCGACGAAGUUUCUCGAAACCCUAAAACCCUAAAAAAAAAACCUAAAUCUCCAAUGCAAUCGCAGUGUCCAUGGAUUCCAUCAUCAACUCCGCUCUCGAGGAGAUCUGCGCUCGUGGCGCCAACGGAAUCCUCGUCUACGAUCUCUGCCGAAGCUUAGGCCCCGUCCUCUCGUCUUCUAACCUCCCUCUUUCUGCUCCCAUUAAAAGGACGAUCUGGAAUCGGCUUGUCUCUCUCCCCGUGCUUCGAUUCGACAGUGAUGGGGGUUCGGUUGAGAGCCGGGAUUCGAGGAUUGAGUGUUUGGACGAGGCGGAGGGGUUAGGGCUGAGGAUUGUUGCGGAUGAGGAGCUUAGGAGUAGCUUUGUCGGGCUUGAUGAUUUGAAUGCGGCUAAUGCUAAGAUUUCAGAGGAGCAGCGGCGGACUCUUGAUCGAAUUGCUGCUGCAAGAACCAAUGGGAUAACCCAGUACGAUCUUGCUAAAGAAUUUGGCAUUAAAGGCAACAACUUCUUUUACCAAGUGCGGAACCUAGAGAGCCAGCAGUUGAUUGUCAGGCAAUCAAUUACAGUGAGGGCAAAAGAAGUGGGAGAUGAAGUAGUCAAUGGGCAAAAAAAUAAUCAUUUUAGUACUAAUCUAAUACACUUGUAUCGCUAUGGGAAAGCCGUGAAUCUGCUAAACUCCCAACAGAGAAUUGAGAUUACAAAACCAGCUGGGCUAGAUAUGUUGGGAAGUGUUUGCAAGGCAGAUAAAACUUAUGAUGGAGAUUUUCAUCAUGGAGAACGUGUUAAGGAAGAUUUGGUCAUUAAAGAUUAUCUACCAGCAAUGAAGGCUGUCUGUGAUAAACUAGAAGAAGCGAAUGAGAAGAUCCUUGUGGUAUCAGAUGUCAAGGUUGCACUUGGUUAUAGGAAAUAUCGAGGGCAUAAAGCAUGGAGAAAUAUCGUUAAUAGGCUGGAAGAUGCUGGCCUUGUGAAAAGAUUUCAAGCAGAAGUCAAUGGGGCGGAUGUUGAAUGCCUACGCUUAUUGAAAAAGUUUGAUAGCAAUUAUUUUCAAUCAAAGCCGACUCCGCCUGCAUAUGAUGGUCUUGACUCUGAAACUUCAGUAAAACAUGGAAAAAGAGGACAUAUCACUGAUCAGUUUCUUGAACUGCCCAUGGAGAAUUGCGUAUAUGAUAUGGUUGAUUCUGAAGGACCUAAAGGAAUUACAGUUUUUGAGGUAUGCAAACGACUUGGGCUCAAUUCUAAAAAAAUGUACACCCGAAUUGCUAGUAUGUGUUUAAAGUUUGGAAUGCGCAUGGAGCCUGAGAAACCUAACAGGACGCUUGUCUAUAGAGUUUGGACACCCCAGAAUCACAAGCUGUAUUCAGCUGGUGCUUUAUCUGGCAAAUGUCAAGAGGUUCCUUCCAGAAAUGGGCUCUCUACAAAAUGUAGUGAUAUAGUUCCAUAUGACCAGUCAUCAUCAGAUGUUCAGGUGUUAGAUUCUUCUAUUCAAGAUGAAGGUCUGCACUCCCAGAUGCAGAAAACUCACAGUGCACAAGGAGUUCCUCAACUGCUAAACACGUGUGAUGGUCUCAAUGCAGAUUCUCAAGUAACAAUGUGCUGCAUGGUACCUCAGAACUUAACACAUGAGUUUCCUAUUGCCAAUGACAAUGCUAAACUUGCCGCCUCCAAGAAUGCAACCAAUCCUAGCAUUGUGGCAUCAGUAGGAAGUCAUCUGUCAGCUUCACCUACAACAUCAAAGCAAACACCGCGAAACCGAAGUUUUGCAUCAACUAUGAUUGGUGGUAGGAGGAAACAGUGGAUACUUGAAAGAUUGAAGGAUGAUAAAUUCAUUUUACAUGGUGAGCUCUAUAGAUGGCUUAAGGAUCUGGAGACGGAUAAACCAACGAUGAUGGAUAGGAAAACUCUGGAUCGUACUUUGAAUGAGCUACAGAAAGAUGGAUUGUGUAGAAUUAAUCAAGUUAAAAUUCCUGCGGUCACAAAUUUCAGUCGGACCCGUGAACAGGCGGUUAUAUUGCAUCCUUCUAUUGAUUGUAUAUCAUCAGAUCUUCUGAAUGAAAUAUAUAAUAGCUACAAGGAUUUUGAACUUAAGAGCCAUUCUCGAGAAUCUGGCAAGUACGGAAACCAACCUUUGACCAUAUUAACAGGCAUUGAAAGGUCUUCAAAUCCUGUGGAUGACAAACCGGUAACAUUAGAAGCUAUGCGUGCUAAUGGUUAUGUUCAAGCUAAAAUGGUUCGCGCAAAGCUCUUGCACCAAUAUUUAUGGGCUUACAUAAGUAGCUUACCUGAUUGGCAAAAUACUUUGCCUUCUGCAAAAGAUGACCGCUCUGUUAACUGUCAUCGUAAAAUUUGCCAGUUCUCCAUGAGUGCAGCUAUACAGGCCAUGCCACUUGAACUCUUUUUACAGAUUGUAGGAUCCGCAAAAGGAAUUGAUGACAUGGUUCAGAGAUGCAGGAUUGGAUCAAGGCUUAUGGAUCUUUCCAUCCCAGAAUACAAGUGUGUAUUGGAUACUCAUGCGACUGCACGCCUUUCCCGUAUAAUUAAUAUUUUACUACUGCUGAAGGUGAUAAUCAUAUGUCUAAACAAUCUUUAUACUUCCUAUAGUUUGAACUUCAUCAGACCCAACACUAGUCUACCCACCACUUGUCUACUGGCACACAAAAUUUAG